AUGCCACCAAAAGCCGCUCGCGGCCCGCGCGCAGCUCGAGGAGCUCGAGGUCGAGGUCGCGGCAGACCAGCAGCAGAAGCAGAAUCAUCCGCCCCCGUCAUUAAGUCGGAAGAGCCAGACACGCACUCUCUCCACGAACAUACGCCUUCCGAAGCAGCAGAUCCUCCAUCCACCACCCCCCAAAAUGUAUCUCCAAAUUCGUCGCCCGCGACCGUUCCGACCGAAACACCAGCGCCUACACCCGUUCGUGUUGCGCCUCCGCGAGCGGAGAGCUCGAGUCGUGGGAGAGGGGGAGCGGUAGGACAGCGAGGGAAACCGGCGGUGGAAAGUAAAUUCAAACCGAGGGCUAUUAGGCGCGAUGCUGGUGAGCGCGAGCGCAUACGGAAGGAGGAGAUGGACAAGCAGGCUGCGUUGGAGAAAGAGGCAGAAGCAGAGGCGGCCCGAAUAGCGAGGGGCUUGGGAAGGGGACGUGGGAGGGGUGGGAGAGGCAGAGGAGAUCGCUUGGAUAGGGCUGUGAGUAGUAGAAAUACUAAUUCGGCGAGUGGUUUGUUUGGGGUUGCGCCGGAGGAGUUGGCGAGAAGGACUGAGGGAUUCUCAGCGUCAAGGAUUGGUGGUGGUGCCGGUGGAGGGGGAGGGGGAGGAGGGGGUGGAGGAGGUGGAUCAGGUCCUAGUGGCACAAGAAUCAAGAGUGAAGGUGGUGGACUUGCUGGUCUUUCCGGGGGUUCAGGAGGACAGAAUCCGUUCAUGUACGGCGCAAACUUUGUACCCGAGUACGACGACGACGAUGACGAGACGGAACGUAUCGAUAUUGACAGUAUGAACGAUAAAUGGAAACUCGACAGAGAUGGCUUUGCGAUUACUGGAUCUAGAACGAGGGAGGCAGGGGAUGGGAAAAUGUCUAAUAUGGAUCUUAUGUUGCCGAUUCGAUUAAGUCGAAUCCACCACGAGACAAAGAAAGCAUAUAUCAAUAUUCCGGACGACGCAGACCUUGAUGUCAAACAGGAGGAAGCAGAUGGUAUGGAGAUUGACGAGGAAAAGUCAACCAAUAUUCCGGAUGGCAAUGAGAGCUUACCAGUCAAGUCUGAAUCGGCUAUGGAGGAAGAAGUCGAACCAGAAGAAGUUCCGCCUCCGGCUUCAAUUCCCUCAUCACCCGAAUCGAAGCGAAAAGUCGCGAGGCAAAUUAAGCCAGACAUACCAUCCAGUCCUGAAGCUCAAUUCUCAGACAAAGUCAAACCACCGACAAGCCCCGAAUUAAAAAAGCGCAGAGACAGCAAGAAGCACGAGGUCAAGCCAGUAUUACAAACUGAAGAAGAUACGGCGGAAUACGAACGCCAUCUUGACGAAAUGGAGCAUCUUGCGAAGGAACUAGGUGGUGUUCGGGCUCGUACCAGACUUGACACUGAUGGAGAUGAACUUAUGGAGAAUGAAGAAGAAGCAUUUGAACUCGAUGGCAAACUCUUCUUAUUCCAAUUUCCACCCGUCCUGCCGAGUCUCUACAAUCCUCAAAAAUCAUCGAAGCCCGAAAGCAAGAAAUCAAAACAAGAUAAGAAAGCGGCCGAUGCAGCUGCUUCUCCUAGCAAGAGUGGCAAACCUAUUAAGGUGAAAAAUGAACCUGAGACGGAAGAAAGGAUUGAACAUGAGGUUGAGGUUGAGGAGGAGACAAAACUUGUGGAACAAGAAGGCUGGAUCGGGAAGAUGGUCGUCAGGAAGAGUGGGAAGGUGGAGUUGGCGUGGGGUGGUACCAGUAUGAUUGUGCAUGCUGGGACGGCGGGGGAUUUUCUGAGCACGGCGGUUAUGGUGGAUGGGAGGGAGAGGCCUACGAGUUUGUUUCGAGAGAAUGAAGCGAGCGAGGGCAGUGCGGUGGGUAUGGGGAAGGUGUUUGGGAAGUAUGUUGUUGUUCCUGAUUGGGAGAAGUUGAGUUGA